GAUAGGGAUACAAGAACCCUAUUUAGCUACCUCACCCUCUGAUGACAACCGCUGUGCGAAGAUUCCAGUGCCUGCCUCAACAGCAGCAAGAAACACAGAAAUUGGCAGAAUGGUCUUGGAUCAUCAGAACGUUUAGCAGAAACAUGGGGAAGCUGCCAAGCUGAUGGAAGAAAGGUUUGUGCAUCAUUCUUCCCGGCGACCAGUUCCGAACGUCGCUGCACAAGACAUGAACAGUUUGCGCGGUGAGCGAGUGGUUGUGACACAAGGAGUCGCGGUGGUGGCAAAGGGAAGGUGAAAUGCAGCCGCCAACAGCACCGUCUAGAAUCCAGAAGGAGGAUUGGAGGGUCACUGGUCAAUGUCACAAGGUUGCGAAGAUGAAACUUGCGCCUGUCUUUUGUCAGUGACAUUUCUCAACAUAGCUCGCCAGGUACUAACCCUUUGAAAGAAAGCCGACGAAACUUAAGCAGUACUGACCAGCUUCUUCCGGUGGUGUUGUCAGCAUGUGUUGGGUGCCCAUACCGUCCAGGCAUACUGUUACAGAUAACUUCUGUCUGCCAUACAAGUCUCUUGAUGACGUGACCAUGGUGACUGGGAAGUGAAAUCAACAGCCAGGACGGCGAUCAUGGUGCCAUCAACAUCCAUGGGAUGUUCUGCCUGCCAGCACUAGAAGAGCUCAAGCCUUGCAGCAAGUUGUGUGGAUUGGACUGUUAUCUGGCGCUAGUCUUGAUCUGUCUCAUUCAGAUCUUGUCCGCUAUCGAUGCUAUAAGAGAAAAUUUUACGGGUGCACAUCCAGUGCAUUUGCAGAUUUGCGUGCUUCUCUUACGACGAGCGUAUAAAUGGUACAUGGUGUGUGUGCGCGGCGCGCGGGUUCAAGGACUACACGCCUGCUUCUACUCCGUCCGGUUCCUGUAAUCAAGGCCACCCUGUCGUCGUUCAGCUGGCGCCUGUGACCCGGCAAGAUCCAGAGCACUGGCCCGGGACAGCUCGGACGCGAGCAGUACCGUCUGAUCAGUCAGCCAAUGGCGACAGCACUGGUAGUGCUGGGACGCCGAGUCCCAUGGCAGAUAGAAGCACUGUACUGACAGCAACAGCAGCAGCAGCAGCAGGUCAGCCCACUGUAUUGUGUGCGCCGGGUCACGGUCAAGCUACUCCGCAGUUCCUUGGCCAGUGGACUAUGUGUGCACCACAGCAAGCCCCGUAUAUGGUUCUUGUACAACCCACUAUGAACAACACUGCUUCACCUAUUCCAACCACUCCACAAUCUGGAUCCCCAGGCACACCGGUGAAGAUUCCCAGCUCUCCUCUAUACAUCCAAAACUCAUCACCCAUUGCACCUCAUUUCCCCCAUCAGUUCUUGUCAACUGGUCAAGGCGUAGCGUUUUCCCGAACCGGCAAUACCCCCGAAGGACCUCAAGCCCUGCAGCCUGUUAGUUUGCCAGUACUGAGUACCAUGUCAACAUUUGCCUCACCGUGUGCAUUGCCACUGAACUCUUUCGAAGGCAAAGCUGUCGCACGCCCACCUGGCGGAGCAAGAAGCUCAGCAAAUAGUGGCGAACGCACGUUGAGCGCAUCAUCCCGCCCGCAGCCAUACACUGGCCGGUCACUGAGCAUCAGCUCCAACACCAGCUCCGUCACCAAGUGCUCAUCGGAGAGCGACGACUGUACGACACCCCUCCCACCACUCAUCUCCGCCUCAUCGCAACCAGCAUUGGCUGACAAGGCACCGACACUGCCUGACAGGCCAUCCCAGAGCAAUCGCUUCCUCUGCCCCUAUCCCAGCUGUGAAAAGUCCUACACCAAAAAAUCACACCUCAAAGUACACAUCCGAUCGCAUACAGGCGAGCGUCCCUACCACUGCACGUUUGAAGGCUGCGAUCGCUCGUUUGCACGCUCGGAUGAGCUGAAGCGUCACGUGUGUGGGCACACGGGCGAGAAGCCGUACUGCUGUCCAGUGUGCGAGCAGCGAUUUGUUCGCAGCGACCACUUGGCCAAACACAUACGCCGGCAUAUGGAGGCACCCAAGGUCCCCGCCUGGAAGCGAGAGAUUCAGAAGCUGUACUCGGUGAUGAACGGAGCAGCGUCUUCGCCGGCAGGGGGCUCUGCGGCAGCCAGUCCGGUUCCGUUGACCUCUUCUGGCUUCCAAACUGUGGGCGUCAGUCCGGUUCCGUUGACCUCUUCUGGCUUCCAAGUUGCGGGCGUCAGUCCGGUUCCAUUGACCUCUUCUGGCUUCCAAACUGCGGGCGUCAGUCCGGUUCCGUUGACCGCUUCUGGCUUCCAAACUGCGGGCGUCAGCAGCACUAUUCAUGGAGCUGUAGCAGUAGCUUCAACCUCUCAGCUUGGCGGAUCAGUGCAACACCAUACAGUUCCAACCACCAGUGACAGCAGUAGAGACAGCAUUCCAAGGACAUUUCACUUUCCGCCAGUAUGAGGUACGGACCAAGCUGCGUCUAUUAACAAUCCUAUCACGGAUUCUGUAGGCCAUCAACCAAUUUUCUGUGUCGAUGCUGGUUGCGUUCGGCACCAGCUUCAAGACACAUGCAUGUUAGGGCUGUUGUUUGAAAGUAUGCAUUGCUCGACAAUCCAUGCCCAUAGGCUGCAUCUUGUUAGGAGCUGGCAACGAUAACAACUCUAGUGUAGAAUGUCCCGCGGUCUCAGGACAUUAAAAUCAAGCAGGAAAGCCUUUCCAGACUAGAUCCCGGUCAGCUGAAUAGUAACUUGUAAAUAAAGCCCGUCGUUAUUCCAGUGUCAUUGCCAAGUAGCUGCUUUACUCAUCAGACUCGGCCUUUCCACCAUUCACUCAGGAUCCUAAAUUAUUCAUAUCACUGCAAGCUCCACACGCUGGUUGGUCACCCGGAGCUCCAUCAACGCAGGCAUGGAGCUGAUGCGAGCGUGUGGCCAAAGUUGCGCUGACUAAAUAGCGGCGGCUAGCCGAGCUCCAUGACGUGUGCGGCCUCAUUAAUGGAACUGCAACCCCAACACUGGCAACGCCACGGCUGCAGAAUGUUGGAGUCUGCCUUGUUCGUUCUGCCAAUGUGUCAUGCAAGUAAUGUCUUUUCCUGAACGUUCGAACCUUUUUGCAAUUUGUCUUUACAUGUGAAAAAAUUCCCGCUGUUAGUAGCAAGUAGUCUCGUCAAGUUAGCAGUUAGUACUUAGUUUCAGGAGUGUCCUAUUAGGUAGGUUACAGGUUACAGAACUCCCUCUGUCAUUCGCUGGCGUUACUUGUACAUGUGGUUUUGAUAACGCUUCGCUCUUCAUUGAGAUAUCUACCAUUCUCUCUCUCUUCUUUCUCAUUAUGUUCUCCCAACCCUCCUUCGCUGUAACACAAUAACAUAUUCGCUGCCUUGUCAUUGAGGAUUUGUGCUCGUUUAUAAAGCACACAAACAAACAAACAAAAUGGUUUACCCAUGUUGUGUA